AUGGACAAAGAAUAUGCCAAUGCCUACGCACUUAUCGAGAGUAUGACUCAAAACCAUUAUCAAUGGGGAAGCGAGAGAACUCAGUCAGAGAAAACUUCUGAAGAGAAAUCUUCAACGAAGAGUGGUAUGUACGAGAUAAGUAACCUCGACCGUGUUAACGCCAAGGUCGAUGCCCUAACUCAGAAGAUCGAAAACCUCACUAUAGCACCUGUAGCCGCCGUGGCUGCUGUUUCCCCAAAUUGCGAAAUACGCGGGAUGUCUGGAUACGCUGCCCCCGAGUGCCAUCUUUUGGCAGGAGUUUCCCCCGAACCAGUAAACUAUGCUCAAAUAAUCCCUUACUCAAACACAUAUAACCCAGGAUGGAAAAAUCACCCUAACUUCUCGUGCAAGAACAAUAAUGCUUUGUACACGCCUGGUCAAGCACCCAGUGUACCACCUGGAUAUCAAAAGGCACCCUUCGCUGCUCCUGACGUCCCCAGGAAGUCUAACUUAGAAUUAAUGAUGGAAAAAUUUCAUAGCCACUCAAACUCAGACUAA